GUGUAGUCUUACGCCCCCCGCGAAGCACCCCCUUGUCCCACAAACAGCCAGCAGUGAGUCUACACUCUACCCAUCAACACUACCACCAUCAUGCUGUCAUCCCUCAAAACUGCCGCAAGAAGAGCUGCUGCUGCGGCCCCUUCAGCGGGCAACAAAUUACACAAAGGGGUCGUCGCAUCAUCGUCAGCUGGGAGCAGCGGCAGCAUCAUCGAACAAACCGCGUGCCGAGCGUUCGCUACCGUACCAGGACCCCGCCUGUUCGACUACGACACGGUGACCUCCGUGCUGAAGCAGAGCGAUGCGGUUGAGGCGGUCGAGGCCGCGUUCGGGAUGCUUGCGAAGGGGAAGGUCGACGUGCCCAUCCCGAUGCACAUCGGUAUCGACGAGUCCGAGAAGGCCGGACCGGGGGACUGCCACAUCAAGGGCGGCUACAUCUCGGGCACCUCGACGUGGACCGUCAAGCUAGCGAACGUGUCGUUCUACAAGAACUUGGAGAAGGGCCUUCCCGCCGGAUCGGGCAUCUUCGUCGUCUGCGACGCUACCAACGGCGCUCCCCUCGCCAUCUUCCAGGAGAACCGGUUCCUGACCGACCUGCGGACCGGCGCCGCGGGGGCGGUGUCCGUCAAGCACUUCGCGGCCCGUCACCACAAGAAGGUCGGCUUCGUCGGCGCCGGCGUGAUCGCCGCGGCGAUGGCGCGGGGCUCCAAGUGCGUGCACGAGUUCGACGAGGGCUUCGCGUACGGGCUGGACGUGGUGAAGACGAAGGAGUGGGCCGACGAGAUCGAGGGGGAGCUGGGGUACAAGGUGCACGUCUGCAAGACGGCGGAGGAGUGCGUGCGCCAGUCGGACGUUGUCUUUACCCAGACUCCAGGGUCCGAGACGGUGGUUGAGCUGGACUGGUUGCGACCGCACGCGACCAUCAUCGCGAGCGGAUCAGACCAGCCCACCAAGAACGAGAUCCCGGCUGAGGUACAGAAGGCGAGCAAGAUGGUGUGCGACCUGGUAAGGCAGUGCGAGCAGGUCGGGGAGCUGCGCAGCGCCAUCAAGGCCGGGGUCAUGACGAGGGACGACGUCUACGCGGAGAUCGGUGACGUUGUGAAUGGCGACAAGCCCGGCAGGACCGGGGAGGAGCUUAUCCUUGUCGACCUUACUGGUACAGGUGCUCAGGACGCCGCAAUCGGGCAGGUGGCUUGGGACAUUCUUUCCAAGCACUAGAAGCGAUUGGACGUCGAACCUCUGAAGUAGUACGAAACAAAAAAAAAAUUUGCCCCGAGUGUGGAAGACUAAUCGGGGUUUGUUGUGUGUUCACCUGACGUCAUGCCUGACUUGGUGAGGGCGCGUAAGGUAAUCAAUUUCGUCAAACUCUUGUUCGGAGGGCGUUUGGGCAGGUUACUUGCGAUAGCUUGGGUUGCGGUUCACGAGUCCCUCCUCACAAAUCGGCGAAGGUCACGCGUGGUGGUUGACGGGGAGUGUUGUACAUAUGUUGCUUCGAGGAGAUAUAUGUGGACGUUGUCAGAUCGUAAGGGAAAGGGUCUCGAUUGAAAGCAAUGCGGGGUGGAUGAUGGCCUUGCAUAGGGUCAGAAGUGCUUCCUUUUGCGCAUUUCCUUAUGGUUUCGUCGGUCUCACCGACAUAAGCACGGAGGCUUUGGGUGGUAAGUGCUCCGGGUGGGCGACGAAAGCUUCUGUUUUUUUCUCUUGUUUGCUUCCGUCGUGCUGCAAUUGCUGCCCAACCGGUCGCUCAGCGGCAGCGAGUCGUUUCGACUUUCAGUGAUUUAUAUCGGACACGAAGAUCGGUUUCGAAGCGCUCAAACCACGGCCUACGGGAGUUUGACAUGCCGUGGUUGGUAUACAUUCCCGGUAGACAGGACAAGCCCUAUGGCCAUCCCUAGUGACGAUUGACUGUUGUUGCGCUAAGGGGUUAGCAUCCUCGACGAGUGGUGGUGUUGGUGUGAAUGACGUUUUAAAGCGUUUUAGCUCCGACCUAACGGUCUGCAUGAACACAAGUUUGGUCAUGAAAAUGGUCGCUGCCGUGGGGUCUACACGUUUUGGGGGCUGUCAUCUUCCAUACGGUGUCUGGUCGCACACACAGCAUAAUAGAUAUCGGCCCUGCCAAACAAUGAGAUGGGAGGCAGCACCCAUGUCGCUCUCACGCCAAGCCAAAACAUGCAAGUUGUGGUUAUUGUGCAAGGAUUUAAAUCUUGAAUUAGCCUUUGCGGGUUUCGUUGCGGCGUUCGGCCGCUCGCUAGCUUGUUGCCGAGUCGUUCCCGGUCGGUUCUACUGUACGCCGGGAAGUCUCACAUGGUAGUAUGCGUUAAAUCAUUCCCGCCUCCUUCGCGUAAAGCUCAAGACGGUUUUUCCCCGGAAACCAUCCCAGCUCGAUAUGCAUCGCUUAGCCAAGUCAUUCCCGUGAGGUUUGUUGUUGCGGGGUACUUGUGUUGUUCUCGCCUAAUCUCGCCUUGCUGUGGCAAACGCUGCGGAUUGCUUCUCACGCGCUUAAGGACUUCUGGGUCU